AGCAUAUAGCCGUGGACGUUGGAGAGCUGCGUGGUGGCACGCAGCGUUAGAAUGGCAAGUCGAAAUAGGUGCACCAGUGGUCACGAACAACAGUUUGAAAACUCAUCGGCAGUCCUGCAGAAGAUUGCUGGCUUGUAUGCAGACCGUCUACUUAGUGAUAUUACUUUAGAAGUAGGUGGAAAGCAGUAUGCUGCACAUCGGCUGAUCCUGUGUGCUUCAAGCGAUGUGUUUCAGGUUAUGCUGAUGGACCCAAAAUGGAGCUCAAGCAGGACAUCCCACAUUAAACUGAAAGAAGAACCUCUUUGUGAGAGUGUUUUCGGCGACUUUCUGGGCUAUCUAUACACUGGCCGGAUGCGUGUUGACCAUUUGCGUGUGCUGCCACUGGUGGCUCUGGCCGACAAAUAUAAUGUCAAGGACUUAAUGCGGCUCUGCGUUAGCUACAUGGCGCACCACAUUGUGUCAGCUGCCUGCCACAACCAACUGGUCUCCUGGUACCGGUAUGCGCUGAACUGUGGUUCUACUGCAGUACACAAAGUAUUUAGCAACUUCAUUGCCUGGAAUUUCGAGCUCGUAGCUAACAGAGAAGACUUUGGAAAAAUUGACCUGGAUGUCUUGACCUCCUUCCUAAGUAGAUCAGAUUUAGUCAUUGCCAGCGAGUUUAAACUUUUCAACUAUGCUGUCCGGUGGCUCUCCCUGCAGGAACCAUGGCCCCAGUGUACUCGGCCUGGCAAUGAGGAAGCCUUCGGGCAGCUGGUGAGCCAGGUAAUGGCACACGUACGGUUCCCCAUGCUGACAAAUAAUGAAUUGAAUGGGCUGUUCACGCACCCUCUGGUGGUACGCUUCAAGAGCAUCUUUUUUAACCGUCUGAUGGUAGCCCGGGACUUUCAGACACGAGCACUUACCAAUGGAUUUUGGCGCCAGUGGCCCGAAUUGAUGAUGCCUCGCAUUUACACAUCAGACGCAUGGUCAGCUUCAUUGUGCAUUGACAAUUACAGCUGUUGUACAAGAUUUGGUGUGCAUACACUAAUCUUCAUGACGCCUGCCAGCCUGUCAGGCGCCUUGGCAGACAAGGUACUUGAAUGGACUGUUGACUUAUACCCCAAGGGUGUGCUGUUCCACGGGUUCCUACUGAUUGCACUGCGCGAGACACUAGAAGGGCCGGAAUCACAGGCCAAGACUGUGCGGCUGUCACUUACUUCAAGUCGUUUCAACGAGGACACAACAGUGGUGGUGAGCGUUUUGGUGAGUGGAAUGCAGGAUGGUGUGGAGCAUGUGCGCACAGUAGUGCAGCGCGAGCACACAUUCACCCAGGAGUCACGCAUGCUCAAUCUGGACGACUUGGUGCCCUAUGCGGAGCUGAACGAUGUGCCCCGUGGUGCCUCACCCUUCCUUGUGGGGCCCCAUCGUGACCUAUUCCGUUUGCGCAUCUCCGUCACACCCCUGUGCCGUAAGAGCUAGGCAUGCAGGGCUAUUUUUCAGGUUGUUGGUCUUUGUGCCUUUCUGAGACGCCUGGCCUCCUGUUCUGGACUUGCAGUGUGUUGGGCUCUUUUUUACUUUUGGAUGUUAGGCGCUUUCCUGCAUUGGAUGUAGUGGUUCACUGAUAACAAGUUAAGCUUGUUAUACUGUUUGCCAUCCUUAACGGUUUAGACUUCAUCUGUUCUAAUAAAUGGCUUCUAUUUGCCUUAUUGGGACAAGAAAGGAAUUGCGAUUUGAUGUCACUUGUCUCGCAGUGCAGUUGAGGCUGUUUAUAUAAUGAACUUGGAUAUUUGAGUUUAUGACUUCGGUGAGCAGUGAUAAUAUGCCCUUGAAAAUUCUAUGUAGAUUUAUAGGUGCACAUUUGGCCUACAUUUAAAUUCCUUCUACUAAUGCAUACAAUAUAUUUUCCUGCAUGCAGCACUGUGGCCUAUGAAAGGCAAAUUGUUUUGAGCAGUACUUAUUAGGCAGGCAUUUCUAUUUGUGACUCACUGCAGUAGACGCAUUGCAGAGACCCUCAAGACUUGAUAAAAGAUUAAUUCGACUUUCAGGUCCAAUGAUCACGUUUCUUAGUGGAAUGCAUGAUGGCUAGCCAUGAUCUGCUUACCUAAAUAUGUUAUAAUGACUUCUUUGUUUCUCUCUAGAUAUUCCCUGAUAACCAAUAUUAGCUCUGAUGAUUUCACAUGCUUGAGGUGGGUCAUUCAAUGGUGUGCAUUAUGCCCUUUCAUGUGACCUUAUGUGGUCAGUGCAAAGUGCAUUAUGUGCAUAAUAGUUACUUUAGUAAUUUUUGUCCAGUGACCAUGCUAUGGCAGGUAGAACCAUGACACUAAUCAACAUGUAGUUUCAUAGUACAAAAUGUGUGUAUAAGUAAGUUAAAAAUGAUUCUAUAAGUGAGGACUAAUUUUGUUCACAAUUAUUGUCAUCCUAUCCCUGCAGUGUGUCAACAUAGCAGGACAUAAUCGAAUAUGAAUUAAAACUUUAAUAAUAAUAUAUAAUAAUAAUAAUAAUAAUAUAAUAAUAAUAUAUAAUAAUAAUAAUAAUAAUAAUAUCCCAUAACCAGAAUAUGAUUAUGGAGGACACUGAAGUGAAGGGCAACAAAAAUUUUGACAAUCUAUUGUUCACUAAUGUGCACUGAAAUCGCACAGUACAAAGGUCUCUAUCAUUUUGCUUCCAUUGAAAUGCGACCGCUACGGCCGGGAUCGAACCUGCAACCUUUGGGUCAGUAGCUGAGCGCCCUAGCCACUGAUCCACUAAGGCGAACAAUAACUCUGGAGUUGAAUUCUAAAUUAACACACUUGGUACUCUUUAUAGGCAGCAUAUCCCACCUGUAGGUGUGUCACAGAAAGCCACCUUGUCAGUGGAUUUUUGAAUCGGAGGUGGAAAGUGUGUGGCUGGCUUAAUUAUGCACUAAGAAUUACACAUCUGCCGGAUCGCAAUUAAAAAAUAUUCUGUGUUGACAGCACUCAUAACAAAUUUCACUUUGAAAAAGGUGGUAUGUUUUCACUGCGAUUGUGAUCUUAGAUGGCAUAGUAGGUAUAUGAGCAAAGUGCUUUUCUCUGGACAAGCCUGAAUGUUAGUUCAGUGCGUUAGAACUCAUGAUUUCUACCAACAGAAAGAGUGAUUUUUUGUCCACUUCAAUUGAUUUCAAUUUAUGUCACUAAUAGGGCACUAGAGUUAAAUGCAAUGAUUAAUGUUCUCUAUGCUUUUCCUGGCAGAAUUGCCUGUUCAAUUAAUUUGGUUGUGUUGUUUUUGUUGUUUCAUAUACCUUGCAGUUGUCCAGUACUUGUUUGCAUUAUUUGGUUACUGUAAUGAACUUCAGGUACCCAUGCAGCAAAUGUCAGCACAUAAAGCAUCCAUUACUUCUGAUAUAGACCACGUAGAAUUGCCCACUUAGCUGAAAAGCAACACUUUUCAAGCUAUUAGUAAUGGUAGUUUGCUAUUUCUUCUUCAAAAAAAAAAAUGUGUAAUGUAAUUCAUUGGACACAUACUGUAGUGUGUGCUUUUUCUGGUGCUUUUUAAUUCUGUGCCACUUUGCCACUUUUCCUACUUACAGUUCAUAUUCCAUACCAUUGGUUUUAAUGUUCAUUAUGGGCUAAGAUAAUGAGGCUGUGUGGUUAUAGCUACUUCAAGACCCAGUGCAUGACUGAGAAAAAAGGAAGAUUGGUGAACAAAAUUAAAUGAAACGGGCCCAGAAAUGUGCAUACAGUUGCUUAAUGUUCUGAGCCAAAAUACCCACUAAACCAGAAAAUCCCGUGAGAUGAGUGAAGAUUCAGGAAGAUGCUUUGAAUGCGAAAAGCAUGGUUUUUUAUUGCGUGGCCUUCAGAAUUUAUCUAUGCUAAGUGAUGUAUGAUAUCACAAAUAUUGUUAGAGCAUUAUGUUUGUUCACAGGAGUCAUUUAUUAAUGUAGAUAGCUGUGUGGGAUACAUAUUUGGGCACAGUUUUUAUUUUGGCAUUAUGCCUUCACUGCUUUCUGAAAAUCAAUUGCUUUACAGAUGCUGGUUAUGCUACGUAGAAGCAAGGUGCCACUUUAAAAUUUUCAAUGAUGUCAAGCUUUGAUAGAGAAUCAUGACAGCAAGUAUACCUUAAUUUGUGAGCAUUGUAACCAUGGCCUUAUAAACUGAUUGUCGGUGCAGUUGAAUGCGUGCUCACAAAUAAAACAAUUUAGUUAGACGACCCCUGACACUGAAAUUUUAGACUUGAAAUGUUCAUCUUGUCCCAUUCUCCUGCAUAGAUAGGUGACUCUAAUGGCACAUUGGUGGUGAACAUAGCCUUGAACAUAAUUUUGUGAAGUUUUAAAGCAAAUGCAAGUGCGUGAAUCGACAGCACCUCGGGACGUCAUCAUCAAUAUGACGUGUUAGGUGGCUGUUAAGAUUACCUGUAAGUAUUGACAUCACACACCGAAGUUUGUGGGGUACACACAAAACAACUACUGGAACCUGAUCGUGCAUGUUGUACUUCGCUUCCCCAACUCUGUUCUCAUGCUGCUAUAAGUAGAUCUGGCUUCUUAGAUCAGGAGAAUCGGAGUACCGUAACAAGGAACUUUUUUUACGUGGAAGCACAUACCUAGCAGUGAAGUGGGUACUGGGCAGGCAGGUGUGUCAUGUGUUGUUCUAUUAUAGGUGUCUAAUAAUUGACAAAAAUUUUGGCAGGAGGACGUGCCCAGUGCAUCACACACUAGCUAACACCACAGCAUUUAUGUUGUUUCAUUAUAUCUUGUGCACAGAGUUCCGAUUCAAAAAGCAUGUUGUCAAUGUCGCCAAAUGUGGUCUUAUGGCGCUCGACUAUAGUGAUGGGCUAGGUUCUUAUGAUUUAGAGCACACAGUUGUGCCAAAAUUGGACCUAAUCAUUGAUGUUGACCUAUCAUUGAUUAUAUGAUACUUUAGAGUAUCUACAAUUCACUUUUAUGUAGAGCUGAGGGAAUGGCAAAAUUUUGGAUGCGACGGAAUAUUAAAGAGUGAGUCUGGAUUGAGUAGAAUAUUUUUCAAAUACUUUGAAGGGAAAUUGCAAGAAGAUAAGUUGGAUAAAAUUCGUAAGUUAUUCUUAUGACACAGCAACAUGAAAGUAUGUAUUUAUAUUGGCUAGGGUUGAUGAAUAACUGAUGUGGUAGUGUUUUAUAGUUAUCCAGAUUGAGGCAAUGCAGGGGCUGAAUUGUGUUUAUGUAUAUGAUUUGGUGCAACCAAAGUAUUGCCAAUGACAUAUUUCAUAUGAAAGGCAAAGAUGCUAUUUCCUCAAUCUCUCCUCCUCUUUCUAAUUCUGUGGAAGACCAACUGACGUGGUGGGCAAGGCUGUGCUCCCUCAGAGUCCGAAGUUCCAAAUUUCCCGUGUAGACAGCAGUUUAUAAGAACGUCGAAAACUUUAAGUGCUAAAAAUUUUCUACGUCUGAUUUUAUUCUAUUUCCUGCCCAAAUUUAAGAUCGAUAACAACAUUAAUUGAGCACCUACCUCUGCCACAUCUAUCAUCUCCAUGUUGGAGCAAGUGUUUUCUUAGUCAAUUUACUUGUGGCUUUAGCAGAGCCUGGAAAGUAGCGUUGCCGCAAUACGAGAAUGUAAUGAGGUGAAGGGUAUUAAAAAUCUGAAGAAGCCACUGUCAAUUAGACGUUGACUGUAUUUGUCUUCGGGAAGUUUGAAUAGUGAAAUUCUAGUGCGAAUCGAAUUCCAUAGCAAACACUAUUUGAAAAGUAUUUGAAAUUUUGAAUAUUUGUACACCCCUACUUUUAUGAUAAUCAGACACAAAGGUAUUAAUUAAAAAGUCACAAACGGAAAAAUUUGGCUAUCAGUGGUCCUUUAACAGACACACAAGAAGGCAGCAUGAAUCAUGUACAUCGCACAGAGGGUGCAGUGUCAUGCCCAUCAGUUUUUGUGGGUUCAUGUACUAGAAGCUUUUGCAGUAGUCAGUGGUACUUGAAACAGGAUUGCAACAUUGCUGAUAGUUGCAGAUUCAGCAUGCACUCAUCAUCAUACAUUGCUCACUUAAAAAUGUAUGAAGAAAGUACAGUAUUCAUAUCUCCCAUCUCUCAUUGACUGCACUACUUUCACGUGGAGCAAUGAUUACAGGCUUCACCUUUUAUGCCUACCACAAUUUGCAACUUUCAUGACCUAUAGGUGGCGCGACUGUACAUGUAACAUGGCGGUCGUUGAGAUGAUUGUCCCGAGAGAAACGGUACUGGAAAGUACACGUUUGGCGAAGAGUGCAAUUCUUCGCGCUUCAGUCGCCCUUUGAUUUAUGUUUUUGUAAAAGUAGGGGCGUGCUAACAUACUAUACUAAAUAAAAAAAUGUCGAGUAGCACAUUGAAUAGAUAAAUGUGUGCAGAAUUGUAAAUAAGGCACACACGCUGUCCACAUUGCUGGCUGUACAUAAUCGCGCGCAACGCCUGCUGUCAUAUUGGAAAAGUCUCAUGAUGGGAGCCUCAGUACAAAUUCCUCAGUAAUAUCAAAAACAUUUUUGGAGACACGCUUUAUCUUACAGUUUUGUUUGCAUUGCAUUUUGCCAUGAAGCUUGUUCAGCUCACCUAAAAGUAGUAAGUAGAAUAAGCAGACACAAAAAAAUGUUUUUCAAUAUCGAAGCACAAGCACCAACUGAGGCAUGUAUGUCGUAUUAACCAGCAAUAUAAUUUUAAGGUUCUUGAUUAAAAAAAACAACUGCAGAAUAUCAAGAGAAUGAAGUUGGCAAGCGGCCAACUAAACCAGUGGCAAUAUGCACUUUUCAUGUUUAAGAGGUGACGUUCCCAUUACUGUUUUAUGUUUUGGUGUUUGAGAAGUACAAAAAAUAACAUGGUGUGAGGCAGGAACGACAAAAAAAAAAAAAAAAGACAUCGUCAGAAAGCAAUACCAAACACAAAUUGCAGUAGAUGUGAAGGUCAUGGAGGCACUUCGCAGACGCUGCAGAUGUGGAAUGAUGCGAUGAAUGUUUUUAAACCGGUCCUUUCAUUCGAUUCUAAAGGUGGACAGCAUUCUUAAUUAGUUGUGGUACUGUUUGUACAGUGACCAUGUCGAGCGGACGAACUAAGCACAAAAACUAGUCAAGGUACAAACCUGGGAGUUGCUGUACUCGUACACAAAAUUGGUGCUGCAUACAGUCACAGGCCUUGGUUAUUUUCCUGCUAAAUUUAACCCUCUUUACAACUCAUGGAUUUGAACGGAAGGCUGACUUUGCCUCCCGGUGAGCAUCGAGGCUCGGAGUGAAAUCAGUCGGCUUUGUUUUUCUACUUUCCCUUUAACCUGAGGAACUCAAAAGGUCACGAUAAUAUCGAGACCAUUCACAACAUAGCAAAACGACCACAAAAAAAGAAAACAAGAAGCAACAUCUGCUGUUUUAAACAGGUCCAAAACUUUAAUAAUCUCAACAGAGCUGCCGGUCGCCACCGCUCAGCGGCACCACGGUACGUGGAAGUUGCGAAUUGGGGCAUAGUUGGGGUAAAGUAUGUGACAGAGCUUUAAAAGUGUAUCAAUCUUCCGUUGAACUCUAAUUUACCGAGUUGUGAAGUUGAUUAUAUGAUUCCUUUAGUCAGGCUAGUUAUUGUCGAGCAUUGCAAACAGGACAAGAGACAGGAAAAAAAAUAGCGUGGACGAAGACAUGCUGCUUAACAGCAUUUGUAUUGGCUUGUCUCCCUUUUUUCUCCAUACUUUGUUUAAUAUAGGGGUGUAAUGCUCAUGCUGAACAAAA